AUGACAGAUUUACGUGAUAGCAAUGUGUGCAGAGUGUGCGCUAAGAAAGAUGAAGAGAUUGAAGAGCUCAAGGGACAAAUUAAGGAGCUACAGAGGAAACUUGAGAUGACGGAAUCGACUAUUGAUGCAGCAAAGAUGGUAAAGAGGUUGAGGAGAACGCUGACAGAUCUCCAGUCGAAGGGGGCAGUGGAGAAUGUGAUUCCCUGUGGCAAGGUUGACAUUGGAGGGGGAGUCCUUGUUGAACAAUCAACGCUCGACAGACAUUCCAAACUCUGCAACGGUUCAGCAACCAAAUAUGCACGUGCCUUGCUCCGUUGCGUGUUUUCUCCCGAUGAACUGAAGGGAAAGUCCAUUUAUGGACAAGGCAGCAAUGCCCACAGGCAUGUACCAGCAAAGGAAGCACUUGACCCUACCCGGCUAGAAGCAGUCCUAGGACACACACACGGGAAGUUUCCUGGAAUUUCAGACACACAACUGAAGAGCAGCCUCUCGUCACUGCUUUGCAGAGAAUUGAAAUAG